UCUCAAUCUCUGAUGACUGUCCCGCCGUACAGAGCCCAGUUUCUCACCGCCGCGGCUUCGCAGCUUCUCCUUUCGCUCCAACAGCGGAGCGGCGUGGAUUUCUUCUCUUCUGAUAACUACGGCGUUACUUUGCCGUACUGGGUUUUUUUUUUUUUUUCUUUCACUUUGAACUCGCACUCUUAGGUGACCAUGGCCGUCCCGGCUGCUUUGAUCCCCUCUUCCCCCCUGGUUCAGCCGUCUCCGAUCUCAUCUUCAUCGGCGACCACCUCGUCGCCCUCGGCAACUUCUUCCCCAUCUCCAUCAGUCGCUCCCUCCGGACAGAGUCUCUUCCGACCGGAGCUGAUUACCACCGGCAGCCCCGGCAUCCCAGCCGGCACGCUGCCCAGCAAGCCCGUGUAUUCCACCCCGUCGCCUGUCGAAAAUACCCCCCAGAAUAACGAGUGCAAGAUGGUCGAGCUGAGGGGUGCCAAGGUGGCUUCGUUCACAGUGGACGGCUGCGAGCUCAUUUGCCUCCCCCAAGCCUUCGACUUGUUUCUGAAGCACCUGGUCGGGGGUCUGCACACGGUUUACACCAAGCUGAAGCGUCUGGAGAUCACGCCGGUGGUGUGCAACGUGGAGCAGGUCCGCAUCUUGCGAGGGCUCGGGGCCAUCCAGCCGGGAGUGAAUCGAUGCAAACUAAUCUCCAGAAAGGACUUCGAGACUCUGUAUAACGACUGCACUAAUGCGAGCUCAAGACCCGGGAGGCCUCCGAAGAGGACGCAGAGUGUUACAUCGCCAGAGAACCCGCACAUCAUGCCCCAUUCGGUGCCAGGCCUUAUGUCACCGGGAAUCAUUCCCCCCACAGGGCUCACGGCUGCGGCUGCAGCUGCAGCCGCUGCUACCAACGCCGCCCUUGCCGAGGCCAUGAAGGUCAAGAAGAUCAAGCUGGAGGUGAUGAGCAGCUACCACGGCAACAGUGCCCAGCAUGGAGCUGACUCUGAGAAUGGAGACCUCAGUUCCAGUGUGGGUUUGGAACUGCCAUUCAUGAUGAUGCCCCACCCCCUGAUCCCUGUCAGCCUGCCUCCUGCAUCAGUCACCAUGGCAAUGAGUCAGAUGAACCACCUCAGCACCAUUGCCAAUAUGGCUGCCGCAGCACAGGGACAGAGUGGCCCAUCCAGAAUGGUGACAUCAGUGAUUAAGGAGCGGGUUCCUGAUAGUCCCUCCCCUGCUCCGUCUCUGGAAGACGGCAGGAGGCCAGGGAGCCGGCCGUCGUCCCAGCGGAGCAGCAGUGUCUCCAGCUCUCCUGCACACACCGAGAGCUCCUCCGACAGAAUCCCUGUCCACCAGAACGGCCUCUCGAUGAACCAGGCGCUCCUGGGCCUGUCUCCCAGUAUUCUGCCCGGGCCCAAGGAAGGCGACCUGGCCACACACGACAUCGGCCAUGAGGCCAAGAGAAUGCACUCGGAGAAAGAAGAACCCUCCAUGUGCACCCCUACAGCGAGGGACAGCUACGAAAGGUUGUCGCUGGCUGGCCAGGCGUUACCUCCUGGGUUCCCAUCACCUUUCUUGUUUCCUGACGGGCUGUCAUCAAUAGAGACGCUCUUGACCAACAUUCAGGGUCUGCUGAAGGUGGCCAUCGACAACGCCCGUGCCCAGGAGAAGCAGGUGCAGCUGGAGAAGACAGAGCUGAAGAUGGAACUGUUCAGGGAGAGAGAACUCCGAGAGACCCUGGAAAAGCAACUGGCUGUGGAACAGAAGAACAGAGCGAUAAUUCAGAAACGCCUGAAGAAGGAGAAGAAGGCCAAGAGGAAACUGCAGGAGGCGCUAGAGUACGAGUGCAAGCGGAGGGAGCAGGCGGAGCAGUCGCUCAAACAGACGUCUCCCACGGAGAGCCUCCGCUCCCUGAACGACUCGUUGACCCAGGAGAUAGAGACUGACCGCAGCAGUGGCAGAACAGAUGCUGAAAGGACAAUACAAGAUGGAAGACUAUUUUUGAAAACCACCGUGAUGUACUGAUAGGAUGGUGCGGAGAACAAAGUCUCUCAUGCGAAGAUUUGGAAGAAGUCUGUCAUGUGAAGAUUGUCAUAUGAAGAGAGCCCUGACCAAUGGUCUCUUUAGUUACAAAAACAGGUCAAGCUGACUGCAGAGGCUCUGCAGAGACUCUGGGUUUGGCCCAGAGCCGAAGGCCGGGCCAGGUCAGAAUGUAGAAUUAGGAUUCUACUUCUCACCAGUAUCAACAAUAUAUUGUGGCAGAUAUGGGAUUAAACAUGCCAGCUCUUUUGAAGGCAACAAUUUGAGCACAGUAAAAUGUACCACGUGGUAUACUUGGUUAUCAAAUCCACAGCACUGAAGAUUUUUUAUACUGUAUUUAAACCAGCGAGAAAGCUUUGAAAAAGAAAUUCUGAUCCAGGGGUUUGUUUUGUAUUAAAUCCGUAAUGUCAUAGCUGAUUGCCAAGUUGUUAAAGACCCUAGCUUGGAGAAAAAGCCUCUGGAAAUGCGAAUUUGAAUAUAUGUUGAUCAAUAGACAUGACUAAUCUUUGCUUUAAACGUUUUCUAAAUUAGAAAAAAAAAUACAAUCAAGUUUCAUUUUUAUCAUUGUUGUAUAUACAAGAAAAAUAGGUUAACCAGCUCACUUUGUUAUGUGUAUAUAAAGUUAAAAGAAGGUAUUGUGUAUGCAGUAGAACUAUUAGGAAAACAAUACCAACAUUUAUAUUGAAUUUAUAGAUUUGUUUCUGAGCCAUCAUCUUUGCGGAUAGCUGCCAUUGCGCUGAGGAAGCAUGCAGGCAUGUCGAUGUUUGUCCUGAACUCUUGUUACUCAAUAAAUACGUAACUGUGCUGAACGA